AUACCUCACCUAUACAACACCUGUGCUUCCAUUACCAACCAACCUCAUUUUCAUUCUCUCUCUCUCUUUUCCCAUUCACCAUUAACCACACAAACACAAUCUUCACUCCAAUAUUCACUUUAUUCAUGGAUUCUUCAUCUGGACAAACUCAGUGAUGAGAUUUGAUUAUGUUGUGCAGCAAAUGUCUAGCAAUUCAUCACUGGAAAACAUGUUAGGUUGCUCAAAAGAAGAACAAGACACAAAAGCAAAACCUCAACCAGAACAAGCUCUGAAAUGUCCAAGAUGUGAUUCAACCAACACCAAAUUCUGUUACUACAACAACUACAGUCUUACACAGCCAAGAUACUUCUGCAAAUCUUGCAGAAGAUAUUGGACCAAAGGUGGAACAUUAAGGAAUGUUCCAGUUGGAGGUGGAUGCAGAAAAAACAAAAGAUCAUCAUCAACAUCAAAAAGGGUACAAGAUCAAUCAUUCACACCUAAUCUAAUAAACCCAUUUAAUAACUUCCCUCAUUCAUCUUAUGAUCAUAAUUCCAAUGAUUUCACAUUAGCAUUAGCUAGGCUUCAAAAACAAUCAUGUGGGCAAAUGGGUCAUUUUGAUGAUAAUGAUGUUUCAAUUUUGGGAAAUCCAAAUUCAGCCACAAGCUCAUUUAAUGAUGUUAUUGGCAACCAUUCAACCACAAACAAUGGAUUAUUUGAUGCAAUUAGAAGUGGGUUAUUCCUUGGAAGUGGAAUACAAUAUAAUUAUAAUAAUAAUAAUGUUCAGAAUUUGUAUGGUGUUUAUGGAAAUGGAGACAAUAUGGAAGUAAAUAGUGGAAACAACAAUAGCAAUGUUUGUGGGGUUGGUGAAGAAAUGAUGUUUCCUUAUGAACAAGAAAUCAGGGGUGCAAUAAAUGUGAAGCAAGAAUUGUGCAGUGGUAGAGAACAAAGUGAAAGUAAAGUUUUUGGUGGUUUUCCUUGGCAGUUAAAUGGUGGACCAAACAUGGGUGAAAUUGAAUCAGUAAGAGGAAAUUGGAAUAAUGGUUUCACUUCUAAUUGGCAAGGGGUUCUUCAUAGUCCACUAAUGUAGAAUUUUAAAUUGUGGUUAGCUUUGCAAACUUUUACAUUUUGGAUUUUGGAUUAUGCAAUUAAAGAGAUUUAAACUGUGGUUGGAUACUAUUGUGGAAACUUCAAAAUUCACAAAAAUAUUGCAACUACAAUUAAAGUUAAAGACCACAAUUUAAAAUUACGAAAUCAAAUUAAAAAAUACUCAUUUAAUUUCUUCUAAUGUAUAACAUAUAAAAUAUAUUUGGGUUUGAGUAGUUUUGGGUUAUCAGAGAUUUGAUUCAUUUGGAAUCGGAACAAAUCUCUUGUGUUUUUUUUUUUCUUAUUAUGUUUCUAUGUAAUGUCACAUUUUUUGUACGACAAUCUUUUUGUUUAUUGGUGAAUAGACUAAUGAAAUUUCAGAUAUUUUUGCUACCAAAAUUAA